CAUGGUUUUAUUUUUCUUCCUCGGUUUUAGGUCUUGAAUGGUGUGAUUAUUUAAAUUUAUUUUUGAUUAUAUCCCAUCAUUCAUUGUUCACAUUCGAUUGUUUAACGCAUGAAUUAACUGAACAAUGUCGUAUUCGUCAAUCUGGUAUUAAAUCAUUAUGUUCAAUAAGUGUAUAUCGUGAACACUUAUUUUUAAUUGGUGAUUGGGGAACAUAUAUUGAUCAUUGGUCAUUAACAUCAUGGUCACUUAUUAAACGAUUGAACAAAAAUACUCUUUAUUAUUAUGAUUAUACCGGUAUUGAUGGAAUUUAUUCUGCUCAUUUAUCGAGUAAUGAUUGUCUGGCAUUAGUGGUGUAUAAAAAUGAACAAGAUUUCAUUGAUUUACCUAACACAAGUCUGAAAAAUGAUCUGAAUUACUUAAAAGAGUUUUCAGUCGGGUGUGGUGAUUUGAUCAGAAUUGUUGAUUUACAAAUGUCUCAUAUCCGUCGAUUUAAAUUUGAUCAGUUUUCAAUUUAUGCAAAAACAAAUUUAUUAAAUAAUCAAUGGUUAGUCAAAGAUCAAAAUAAAAAUCAACUUUAUCUAGUGGAUAAGAUCAGUGAUGGCAUGAACCUCGUUAAUUGUACAAAACAAGAUAAAAUAAUGCCUUUAUUUCAUUUUGGUAAUUGUCUUGCAUUAGCAUGUGGUCCUGUCUUGUUAACAUACAAAUAUUCAGGACUUGCUGAAUAUAAUGCAUUUUGGAAAUGUGUUCAAUCGGCCGCAUUCUAUUUUUUUGUUCAAUUUGUUAAAAUGUUAACUAUAGCUACAUGUUUUCCGCCAGUGGAUGAAUCGAAAUUUGUCGUCAGAACCGAAAUUCUUAAGAAUACUGUCGAUAUUCUAGAUGUUAUUGGUUUACACUUUGUUUUGACAAGAAUAUGUGGAAAAACGGAAAUUAAAUAUUUAGUGGUAGCUGUUGGAUGGGCAUCAGCCGAGUUAGUUGUAACAAAAUUUUUACCAUUAUGGGUUGGUGCACGUGGUAUUGAAUUUGAUUGGAAAUAUAUUCAGAUGAGCUUAGAUUCAAAUAUAGCGUUGAUUCAUCAUUUAUCUGUAACAAUGUUAAUUUGGUUAAGAACUCGAAAUGAUUUAAAUAAAAGUUAUAUGCCGUUUGUCAAUGUUCUAUUAUUUUUAUGCUGUUAUAGACCAUUGAUUAUUGAGUGA